AUGGGGAACACAGACAUGGGGAGUACAGACAUUGGGAGUACAGACAUGAGGAACACCGACAUGGGGAGUACAAACAUAGGGAACACCGACAUGGGGUGUACAGACAUGGGUAACAUCGACAUUGGGAGUACAUACAUGGAAACACAGACAUGGGGAGUACAGAUAUGGGGACACCGACAUGGGGAACAUCGGCAUGGGGAGUACAGAUAUGGGAACACUGACAUUGGGAGUACAGACAUGGGGAACUAUGACAUGAGGAACUCCGACAUGGGGAAUACAGACAUGGGGAACACAGACAUGGGGUGUACAGACAUGGGGAACAUCGACAUGGGGAGUACAGACAUGGGGAACACUGACAUUCGGAGUACAGACAUGGGGAACACAGACAUGGGGAGUACAGACAUGGGGAACUAUGACAUGAGGAACACCGACAUGGGGAGUACAUAUAUGCGGAACACCGACAUUGGGAGAACAGACAUGGGAACACUGACAUAG